AAAAAAAAAGUAACCAUUUUGAGACACAAGAUGCCUUCCGACAAGAAAGGAAAGAAGAUUGCCACCGCGGUCAACGUCUCCUCGCGCAACGCUUCGCAGAGCGCUAUGUCGUACCGCAGCAUCGGACCUGACUCCUCGUCCUCGUCCGCCAGCGGUGGACUUGUCCCCGGCUCGCCUGGUGCCGCGGAGACUGCUAUGACUACUGCCUCCACCGUCAAGAACACUGGCGAAGGUGGUGCUGGUGGCGGUGUCGCUCACGGCGGCGACGGCGUCUCUUCGCCUCCCCUUUCUGACUUUUGGCGCCUGCUUCCCAUGUCCAGCGGCAUGCGUCGCGACACCCACCACGCGGCUGGUGGUAGCGGUGGUGCCGCGGGCACGCCCGGCGGCGGUCCGGCGCCCAGCUGGCUCGCCUCCUCGUCGUCGUCAGCCUCUUCGGGCGCGGGCGACGGCACGCCUCGUGCCUUGGGUUCCAAGUCGACGGUAAACAACUCUCCAACCGCGCAGCAGAGCGCCUCGCCACCCCUGACCCUCGUGGCGUCGACCCUUGACAAUGUUGAUACUGAGACCGGAAACCAGAUGCAGGUGCUUGCACAUGGACAGAUACACGGCCGCCAGACUGCUGCUGCUGCUGCUGGUUUCGCUGGUGGUGGUGGCAUCUCUGAGAAUGAUGGCGGCGACCUCGCGCUCACGCCCGAGGGCCAGUUUGUGAAGCGCCGUUGGGAGAUGAACUCGACUAUGCACGCGGCUAUUUUUAUGGCCCAGGGCCUUGUGAUUAUGGCCGUGGCUUGUGUCCUCUUGGCCGCUACCAUUUGGAAGUACGACGAUGUUGAUGAUGCCGCGCUUUGGGACGUUCUUGGAAGCUACGUCCAGCCCGCUCUUGCGAUCAUGUUCGUCAUCUGCAUGGGCACGCUCGCCGCUCAUGAGAUGUUCGUCCUCUCGACCGUGCUGCUGCUGUACCUGCAGGCCGCGGUCCUCGUCAUUGCGAUUGCCACGUCCCUCUUCACCUGGUUCUGGCUUUUCGGCGCCUCCAACAACGUCGGUCACGGCGGCGGUGGUGGUGGCCAUGGCCGCCCUGGCGAUGAUGGCGCCGACUGGCAGCUGCUCAAGGGCGUGGUCGUGAGCUGCAUCGCGGCCGUCCUGGGCACCGUCGCGUUCGCGUUCUUGCGCAUCGCAGCCGUCUGAUGUGACUUUUUUUUCUUUCGCGCUUCUCGGCCGUUCACUCCCGACAACGAUAUUCUUCCCGACCGACCGACCGACUAUACGACGGCCCCUCAUCGGUCGACAAGGCUUAGAUCCUGGACGGAAGGGGUGGGGUUUACUGUUGGGAGCACGGUGAGGGUCGCGGGCGAGGUCACGUCUAACGAGCGACGAUGGGAGGAUCGGAGAACGGAAAUGGAUGAUGAUUUGGGGAUACGAUUGAUACCCGGGGCGUUUCUGGAACUGUCAUGUUUUCUACACUUUGCUUUUGCUGUACUGUUGCUUGCUACCUCUCAACUCGACAUGACAGAACAAUCAA